ACCGCGGGGGCAGGGAAUCAACGCGUGUUUUAAAGGAGACUGACGAAGGGAAGUGGAGUCAUCGAGAGAGUGAUGACGAGAGAGAGUUUGGCGGACGGAGGUGCACUUUGAUGGACAGUCCGCACUCGCUGGAAGACUCCUCUUCCAACACUACCCUGCUCAGAGCGCCAGGCGUUAGGUUCAGUGUGUGUGCGUGUGUGUGUGUUUGAGGAAUGAAAAGAUGGGCGUUCAAUCGCUUAUGGGAUUGUACGUUCAAUUCAACCAGACGUCCUUUUCUUUUUAUUCAAAUAAACUUUGUUGUGGUUUUGGCAGCCUAUCUCCGGGAAUGUGCGCAAAGUUUGAAUUGAAUAUGGGACUUCUGCUCAGUUGAUGCGGGCGAGGUGCAAAACAGUAUUCUCUGGUGCGUCUCCAACGGACUUGGAAAGAUAUAUAUUUAUAUAUACAGAAAGGCAUCUGCUGGACUCCAAAAGACGGACGAUUCUAAUGGAAAACCAUGCAUUAUUUCAACCCAUGGAGACAUGGCACAUAGGUUUAUCUCAAGUCGCAGCGUGCCAUCGGGUGGUCGACUCAACGCCAGAUUUGCCUUCAUAUGCACUAUUUCCUUAUCCUUCACCUAUGUGUGUUACAGCGUCAUUUUUUUCUGCUCCAGCACAAUCAUGACCAAACAGGGUACCUCCGACGAGAAGGGCUGCCCGCUGCCUCCGCCCGGGCAGAACGGUCCCAUUGAGGGGAAAGUUUCCGGGAAAUUAAACGGCUGCACUUUACUCACUCCGGAUGUCAGGUUCGCCCGGCGGGAAGAGGCUCGAGUGCCGGGAUCGGGUCAACCUCGCGACCGAAGUAAACACGCCGCCUCUUGCUGUGGCAACCUCUCGCGGAGCGUUCCUGCCACCGAGUACACUUUGAACAACCUCACCGUUUCCCAGAAAUACGGGAACAAGAAGCUCCCCAACGCGCUGAUCGUCGGGGUGAAGAAGGGGGGCACGCGGGCUGUGCUGGAAUUUAUCCGGAUUCAUCCGGAUGUGCGCGCGCUCGGAACAGAGCCUCACUUUUUUGACAGACACUAUGACAGGGGACUGGACUGGUACAGGGGCCUGAUGCCCAGGACCCUGGACAGCCAGAUCACGCUGGAGAAGACCCCCAGCUACUUUGUGACCGGCGAGGCCCCGCGGCGCAUCGCCAGCAUGUCCCCCGAGACCAAGCUCAUCGUGGUGGUCCGGAACCCCGUGACGCGCGCCAUCUCCGACUACACCCAGACCCUCUCCAAGAAGCCCGACAUCCCCACCUUCGAGGAGCUGGCCUUCAAGAACCGAAGUCUGGGCGCGGUCGACACGUCCUGGAACGCCAUACGCAUCGGGAUGUACAUCCUGCACCUGGACACCUGGCUGCAGUACUUCCGCCUUUCCCAGAUCCACUUUGUGAGCGGCGAGCGCCUGAUCACCGACCCGGCCGGGGAGAUGGGCCGGGUGCAGGACUUUCUGGGCCUGAAGCGCAUCAUCACCGACAAACACUUCUACUUCAACCGAACCAAGGGCUUCCCUUGUCUGAAGAAGCCUGAGAGCAGCAGCCAGCCCCGCUGCCUGGGGAAGUCCAAGGGGCGGCUGCACGUGCAGAUCGACCAGGAGGUGAUCGAGCAACUCAGGGAGUUUUACAGGCCGUUCAACAUCAAGUUCUAUGAGACGGUGGGACACGACUUCAGGUGGGACUGAAGAGGUUUUAUUUAAGGGGACAACGCCGCUGUGGUACUUUGGAGCCUAACUAGGCGAAUCAUCUUUUUGGAUUAUCUGAGGGAUGUGCACUGUUCCCGACAUGAAUCGUAUGAAUGGACCAUUUAUCUGGGAUGACUUCAGAAUGAGAGAAAAUGCUGCAAGGGAAAAUAACGUUUGAUUGAAAGGAAAUGAAACGAAGUGUGUACGUUUUUGGAUUGAAUUGAGGAAGGCUUAAUGCGCCAUUUGAACUUCUGCUGCUUCGGGCUAAAGGCAACAUAUACUACGUGUAUAUAAGUGUUUAUCAUGCAAAAAAAGAUCACAUGACAGUGAUAUUUUCAUCUAAGAAAAAAUAUGUGUGAUGAUGACAAAAGAAUAUAAAAAAAGGAUUAAAAAAGCAAAUAUAUAUAUGACCUGACUAUAUUAGGUUGAGGAGUAAAGCAGUUGAAUUGUCAUCGUAUGAUAUAUUUCAUUUAACACAUUGUGGCAAUGCAUCUUUUUCUAGAAACUUCACUUAACCCGGACCUCUACCACCAAAAACAAGGCUUUAAGAUCAUGGUUAAAGCUACUGUCAUGCGUCAAAACAAUAAAUAAUAAAAAGCAUUUUUGCCUGAA